AUGGACCGCGGCAAAAAGCCCGCCUCAAUCGGCAUCGGAGGCUCCAUCCCUCAACCCACCGUCAAUAUCAACGACAAUGGCACCAUCGACGCAAAACUACCCUCCGGUGAAUCUGUGACUGUCCACUUGUUCGGCGCAACGGUGAUUUCGUGGAAGCUUGCGACCGGCGCGGAACAAUUGUUUGUGAGCUCCAAGGCGAUUUUGGAUGGAUCAAAGGCUAUUCGCGGUGGAAUUCCAGUUGUGUUUCCUGUAUUCGGCCCCCCGCCUCCAAACCAUGCCACCUCCAGUCUCCCUCAACACGGUUUCGCGCGUUCCUCAAACUGGGAGUACCUGGGUAAAUCAUCUUCCGAGUCUUUGGGCAACAAGGCAGAUACAACGGUCAAGCUGGAUUUCGGAUUGUCCUCGAGCAUGAUUUCCGAGGAGUUCCGCAAGGCCUGGCCGUAUGAGUUUGGACUUGUGUAUAGCGUCACUCUUAGUCCGGAUAGGUUAGAGACUUCUUUGCAGGUGCAGAAUAAGGGAUCGGAAUCGUUUGAUUUCCACGUUCUGUUGCAUAAUUAUUUCAAGGUUCCCGACGUCUCCAAAAUCGCGGUCACAAACCUUCAGAAUAAAAUAUACAUCGACAAGGUCGACGAUAAGAAAGAGAAGACCGAAACCACCAAUGAAAUUACCAUCACCGGCGAAACUGAUCGCGUCUACCUUGACGUUGACCCCUCGGAUCCCGUCAGUAUUGUCGAAAACGGACAGCCUCUAUUCACAAUCAAUCGCAAGGAACUCAAUACUGUGACGGUCUGGAACCCAUGGGUGGAGAACGCCAAGAAGAUGAGUGACUUUGGUGAUGAGGAGUAUAAAGGGAUGGUGUGUGUCGAGCCGGGAGCUGUGAAGAGCUGGUCUGUUCUGGAGGGAGGGGAUGCAUGGGAGGGUACUCAAACUAUCCGGCCUAGAUUGUAG